CAGCAUCCAAGUGACCUGCUCUUGUUUGCAGUCUACGUGCGAGCACCGCAGUGUCGCGCUGUGAGUCUCCUGGCGGUCGGAGCAUGGAGGAAUUGGCCAGAGAGAGCAUCAGUCUUCUGGCUUCAGCCUCGGCCAAACCACCUCUGGACGCUGGGCCCCGGCUGGGCUCCGUGGGGGCCAUUUUCAUCAUGCUUAAAUCCGCUCUGGGCGCUGGGCUCCUCAACUUUCCUUGGGCCUUCGAGAGAGCCGGAGGAAUCCACAGCGCAGUCACCGUGGAGCUGGUUUCCCUGGUGUUCCUGAUUAGUGGCUUGAUUAUCUUGGGCUAUUCCUCGUCCAUUAGUGGUCAAUGCACCUACCAGGCGGUGGUGAAGAAGAUAUGUGGGCAUGCCAUUGGCCAGCUGUGUGAGAUCUGCUUUGUCUUCAACCUCUUCAUGAUCUCUGUGGCCUUUCUGGUCAUAGUGGAUGACCAGCUGGAAAAGUUGGGCGACUCCCUGUAUGAGCUGGUAACUAAUCUUCCGGAGUCAGAGAUGCCAGAACACUUCUACACGGACCGGCGCUUCGCUUUGGUGCUGCUCUGUUUCUUCCUCAUCCUGCCGUUAUCCAUCUCCAAAGAGAUCAGCAUUCAGAAAUACAUCAGUGUUCUGGGUACUUUGGCUGCGACCUACCUGACCACAGCCAUCAUCAUCAAAUACCAUACCAUGCCUUCUGUUCUGGUUCACAACAGCCCUCUCCACACCAAUGGGAUGAACUCCUUGGCCGCCAUGUUCAGUGUCAUCCCGACCAUCUGCUUUGGUUUUCAAUGUCACGAGGCAUCCAUCGCCAUCUACAGCAGCCUGGAGAACCAGCGGCUCUCUCACUGGGUCUUCAUCUCUGUGGUCUCCAUGAUCUUCUGCUUUGUCAUUUACUCCCUCACAGGAGUUUAUGGGUUCCUGACAUUUGGAAAGGACGUGAGGCCUGACAUUUUAAUGUCGUACACCAGCAGCGACGUCCUGAUGCUGAUCGCGAGGCUGCUGUUUGGCAUCUCUAUCAUCACCAUCUAUCCCAUCACCCUGCUGCUCGGCAGAUCAGUGAUCCAGGACCCGCUGCUGAGCUGGCGGCAGAGACGCAGUGGCGUGGUGACGGUAGACUGUGAAAGCCGCAGCCGCUACAUGCUAACAGUCCUGUGGAUAACCGCGACGCUGCUCAUUGCUGUGUUUGUACCAGACAUCAGCAAGGUCAUCAGUGUGAUCGGAGGGAUCAGCGCAUUUUUCAUCUUUAUCUUCCCAGGGCUCUGUUUGAUGUUUGCCAUGCAGUCAGAGCCGGUGUCCUGUAAGACCAGAGUCAUCUUCACGGUUUGGGGGGUGGUGACGCUCAUCUGUGGAUCCUUCAUAUUUGGCCAGAGCACCACCAUCGCUGUUAUGCAGCUCCUCGGAAAGAUCUGACUCUUCCAUGUUCCUUGAUGGUCCGAGUGUCUUUAGAAACAGACAGUGGGGAAUAAAUCUAAACUCGCCUAUCCCUGAAAUAACCGAUGGUGAGUUAUGGCUCUUUAACAAGACAUGGAGAUGACUCUGGAUCAGAGAAGCAGCCUUUCAAAACUUGCAGCUUAUGGUUUUUAUAGGACUGAACCCAGCAAUCCUGCCUCCCUCCUCAAAGUACAGGAUGUUACUUUCACUUGGGAUAAUUAUUCCUACUUGAUAUAUGAUUAUCUAUGUCUGUACCUCUUGCCUUGCUGACAUGAAAUCCUCAGGUAUUUUCUAUAGUUUGUGCUUACAGUCUUAUAACACACUGCCACUUUCGGUUUAAAGCCCUAAAUAAAGCUCUACACUUAGCUUUAUCUGUACAAAGCUUAGUAUAGAGCUUUAUCUUGAUAUUGUAGAAUCUUAUAAAAUCACACACAGCACCUUUUUCACAUUUUCUUGAAUAGAUUCUACUUUAAAUAAAGUAAAUAUAUUCUCAAUAGUGCAACAUAAAUAAUCAAGAGCCAUUAAAACUUAAAUAUUAUCAUGCAGGCCAAAUGGGAUGUGUUAAUGAGACAUGACCUUUUUUAAUGAUAAAUCUUUUCCAUCAUUUCUUGUUUGCCUGUUACUGCUGAUAUGUGGGUAGGCCUUUGGUGGAGCCAUAAAAGACUGCGACAACAGUAGCUUCAGGAGAGAUUCAGGAGAGAGGAUAGUUUUGUGUUUCUGUACGUGAAUAUUUGGUUUUUGUGUGUAAAAGGUCUUUUUUUUUAAUGUCUUAAAGAAAAAGCUACCUUUUGACAUUUGUAUUAAUUGUCAUGGUCCUGGGCCAUUUUGACCAGUGUUUUGAAUUUUCAUGCAUUUUUGAUCAGUCUGUUAUUUUUGAGUUCUCUUGUAUCUUACGGUUCCCAGGUUAUUCUGUUCAGUAUUGUUUAUUAGAUUUCCCCUCGUGUCUUUACCCCCUGCGUCUCCCUCUGUGUAUCUGUGAGUUCUUGUGCCUUGUUUCCCCUCAUGUUUUAUUCCAUGUUUCCCAGCCCGUCAUGUCUGUGCUCUCCCUCGUGCUCCCUCAGUCUCUCUCCCCCUCCCGUCUGCGUCUCUGUGCACUUCCUGUUUUACUUUGAUAGUCUCCCGUCAGUGUAGGUCAUGUUGUGUUUGGUCCUGCCUUGUCUAGUUAUGAUUAUUCGUGUUAGCUGCGUUACUUGUGUGCUCUCACGUCCCUCGUGUAUUUAUGUCUGCAUCUCCCUCAGUCCUUUGUCCUCCCUCUUGGCUGUGUUUCCUUGUGUGCCUCUCCGUAUUAGCUAUGAAUUUCCCAGUUUAGUUUUGAAUCGCCUUUUUCCCAUUCAGCGAAUAAAGCUGU